UGCUGCCAUGGGCCGCUACCGCAUCCAAGUGGCCACCGGGGCCUGGCUCUUCUCCGGGUCUUUCAACCGCGUGCAGCUGGGGCUGGUCGGGGAGCGCGGGGAGGCGGAGCUGGAGCUGCAGCUGCGGCCAGCGCGGGGCCAGGUGGAGGAGUUCCAACAGGACGUCCCCCAGGACUUGGGGCCACUGCAGUUCGUGAAGUUGCGCAAACACCACUCCCUGGUGGACAACGCCUGGUUCUGCGACCUCAUCACCGUGCAGGGCCCAGGAGCCUUAGAGGAGGCCGCCUUCCCCUGCUACCGCUGGGUGCAGGGCCAGGGCGAGCUGACCCUGCCCGAGGGCACAGCCCGUCUGGCAGGAGAGAGUACCUUGGAUGAGUUCCAGAAGCAUCGAGAGAAAGAACUGAAGGAAAGACAGCUGAUCUACCGUUGGGCCACCUGGAAGGAAGGGCUACCCCUGACAAUAGCUGCGGACUCUGUGAAAGAUCUGCUUCCAGAUAUGAAAUUUCAUGGUGAGAAGUCAUUGGACAAUGAACACAGAGAGAAGAUAGGGGCUCUGGAGAUGGUCCUCAAACGUGUCUACACCCUCCUGAACUCCUGGGACAGCCUAGAGGCUUUUGAUCAGAUCUUCUUGGGCCCCAAGAGCACCCUUUCUGAGAAGGUUCACCAGCGCUGGCAGGAUGAUGAGCUUUUUGGCUACCAGUUCCUCAAUGGCGCCAACCCCAUGCUGUUGAGACGCUCCACCUCUCUGCCCUCCCGGCUGGUGCUGCCCUCAGGGAUGGAGGAGCUUCGGGCCCAGCUGGAGAAAGAACUCCAGAAGGGUUCCCUGUUUGAGGCUGACUUUAUCCUGCUGGAUGGAAUUCCAGCCAACAUAAUCCAAGGAGAGCAGCAGUACCUGGCUGCCCCCCUUGUCAUGCUGAAGAUGGAACCCAGUGGGAAGCUGCUACCCAUGGCCAUCCAGAUCCAGCCUCCCAAUCCCAGCUCCCCCAUCCCACCAAUAUUCCUGCCUUCAGAUCCUCCACUUACCUGGCUCCUGGCAAAGACCUGGGUCCGUAGUUCAGAUUUCCAACUCCAGCAGCUCCAAUAUCACGUGCUGAACACUCAUCUGCUGGCUGAGGUCAUCGCUGUAGCCACCAUGAGGUGCCUCCCAGGACUGCACCCUGUCUUCAAGCUCCUGAUCCCACACACGCGCUACACCAUGGAGGUUAACAUCAGAGCGCGGACCCAAUUUGACUCAGAUAGUGGAAUAUUUAAUCAGGCAAUGAGCACAGGUGGAGGAGGCUAUGUGCAGUUGUUUCAUCGGGCCAUGGCUCAGCAGACCUACCGCUCCCUCUGUCCUCCUGAAGAUCUCGCUGACCGGGGCCUGCUGGGAAUCCCAAGUGCUCUCUAUGCCCAUGAUGCUUUAAGGCUCUGGGAGAUCAUUGCCCGGUAUGUGGAAGGGAUCAUCCACCUCUUCUACCACGGGGAUGACGUUGUGAGAGGGGACCCUGAGCUGCAGGCCUGGUGUCGGGAGAUCACUGAGGUGGGGCUGUGCCAGGCCCAGGACCGAGGUUUUCCUGUCUCCUUCCAGUCUCGGGCUCAGCUCUGCCAUUUCCUUACCAUGUGCAUUUUCAGAUGCACUGCCCAGCAUGCAGCAAUCAACUUCAGUCAGCAUGACUGGUUUUUCUGGGUCCCUAAUGCCCCAUGCACAAUGCGGAUGCCCCCUCCUACCACCAAGGAAGAUGUGACAAUGGCCACACUGAUGGGCUCACUCCCUAAUGCCCGGCAGAGCUGUCUUCAGAUGCUUUUGAUGAGGCAACUGGGCCGGCAGCAACCAGACAUGGUACCCCUGGGGUAUCACACAGAAGAACAUUUCUCAGGCCCUGAGCCCAAGGCUAUUUUAAGACAAUUUCAAGCAGAUCUGGACAACCUGGAAAGGGAGAUAGUGGCCCGGAAUGAGCAGCUAGACAUUCCCUAUGAAUACCUGAAGCCGAGCUGCAUAGAGAACAGUGUUGCUAUCUGAGCCCCAGUAAAUGGCCUUUCAAAGACCACAGGCCAAUACUGGAGUUAACAUUUUCCUUUUGAGUUUUAUGUUUUCCUAGAUCUGAGUUGCUAUGGUUCUAUUUUCUUUUCUAUCUGAGUUCCCUCCCUGAAUAUAUGACUAGCCGGAGGCACUGUCCCACUUCCAGGUCAUCUAACAGAAUGACCUUUAACUUGAAAACACAUUCCUUAAAGAGAUCAACUAUUCACUCAUGUAGAUUCUCCUAUAUCUAGAAAAUUUGUCUUUUUCAUUUAUUAUAUAAUCAUUUUGAGAUAGAUUUGUUAAUAUCGUGUGAGAUGAAUAUUCAAUUCCAUUGUUUUUCUUUUGGAAAAUCUAUUAUACCAGCACAGUUUAUUUAAGAGCCCAUCCUCUCUCACUGAUCUAUAAUGCUAGCAUAUAUCACUUUGCCAAAUCAGAAUGGAAAUAUUUUUGAGAUUUCUAAUCUAUGUUUUCAUUAAUGUGUCUGUCUUAUACUAUACCAUACUGACAUAAUUGCUACAACUUUAUAAUUAAAAUCACCUACUAUUUUGUAGCAUAGAUCCAUCAAUUUGUCUUUUAGAGGUGACAGCUUUUCUUGGACUUAGGACCUUUCAUAUACAUAUUAAAAUCAGCUUGUUAUUCUCCAAAUAUAGUGUGUUGUGAUAUGUUUGUGUCAGUGCACUCAUUUAUAUAAAGUGUUCAGUCUUAAACCAACUUUGCAUUCUUGAGAUAUAUCCAAUUUGCCACACUGUAUACACUGUUGAAUUCCAUUGUAGUAUCCCAGGCUUGCUAAGGACCAGGUGCCCUUUCAAACCAACAAAUCAACUUCCCAAUCCUUUCUGGCUUCUUUUGGUUUCUCUCUAUAACCAAUCCAUUUACUAGAUCAUCUGGGUUCUGAGUUCCUUAUUGAAUCUGAUCACUUUCCCAGCCUUGGUACCUCCCCUUAAUGGUUGCUAUCUUAGUUCCUAUGGGCAUGCCUCACAAAAGUACCUCCUCCUAUGUUUGGGUAGGAGCCAAUCAAAGGGGACAUCUGUAAUACAUACAACAAUAAAGGUAAAUUUUUAAAAUAAGAGAUUUUUAAAAGAAAAAGGAAAUAAAACCUUAGAAAUAAAAAAAAAACACAUCUGAUUUGAGGGGAAAAACACGUGAUCAAGCUUCUGGUUUGAGAUGGAGAAAAGAACCUACUCUUUUAUCUCAUCUUACUCCCAAAGUACAAUAAAUGUGAUGCUAAAAUAAUAACAAAGACUCAAACAGACACAUGAAAAUACAUUUCUCAGACACCCCUCUUCCAGCCAGAGUUGGCCAUAUGACUAACUGUAGUCUAUAGUACAUGAACAGAAGUGACGUGUGCCAUUUCA